AUUGUGUGAGUGCAUGUUGGGGGCCGAUCCGUCUGUCUGUCUGUCUGUGAGUGAGUGAGUGAGUGAGAGAGGGGGCCGCUCUGUCAGUCUGUCUGUCUGUUAACGCUCUGUGAGGCCGGAGGGGGGGAGCGAUCUGUGUGUGUCGCCAGCCACCCGAGCAGCAGCAGCAGCAGCCCUUCGUCGACUUGCUUCGCGUCAAGAGUGAGGACUUCAAGGAGCUCUCCACACCCCGAUCAGACGCAGCACCCGACCAGCCACCCGAGCAGCAACAGCAGCAGCAGCAGCCCCUCGUCGACCGAGAGGGCGACGUGAACAUGGCCACCGCGUCUUCUUCUUCGUCCUCAACAGGCGCCACCGCUGCUGGUGGUGGCGACGGCAACACCAAUGCCAUCGACUCCACAUGCGACAAUGACCUCUACGAGAACUUGCCCCCACCAGCACCAGCGAUAGCCUCCUCUACGGCUCAUGCAAGAUGACACACUACACGUCAUUCAACGGCUCCUUCGGGGGCGGCAGCGGUGGUCUGGACGGUCUGUCGUCGAGUCGCGGGUCGUCCUCCCGCCAGUCGAAGCUCUACACCGACGACCUGGGCUACGCGCUGUACGACAUGAUCUCGCCAUGGAGGGCCUCCAUGGGCGACGUCCACACCAACGACGACAUACUCAUCGAGCUGCACGACGCGGACCAUGACGGCUGUGAGGACGGACUCAUCACCAUACUCGUCGCACCCAAGUGAGCACUGACACUGACACACACACAUCAUCGAUGUGGUGCACAUAGAUGAUCCCUCACGUGUGUCCGUCGUCCGUCAGGCUGAAGGCAUCCCGUCCGUGGUCGAGUCUGAGUGAGGCAGAGAGGCGCUUCUGGUGCGGCGACGGCAAUGGGCUGUCUAUCGGCAUGGGGGGAGACAAUCACCUGGACCAGCAGGACACCACCAAUGACAAUGACGACAAUGGCUCGACAGCCCCACGACGGGCCUCACGGGGCUCUUCGGCAAUGACAACAACGGCGACUCGGGCAGCGCAUGGGGCAACAACGGGCAGAGGAACAACUUCGGAAACAGGCGAUCUGGUCCGUCACACAACCAGGAAGACGGAGGAGAAUGGCGAGCAGUGUGUGUGGGGGUGUGUGUGUGUGCAGGUGUGGGCGGCCAGUCCAUGUCGACAACCCGUCCGUCCAACGAGCGUGGCAUCAAGAUCGAGAUCAAGAAGCAGAUGCUCGACGCGUCCAUCAUCAACAGCACCACAGCAGACGCCGCCGGCAUCGGCAACGCCACAGCCUCCCCCCCUCCCGAGGCACCCGACCCAGCACCCCCUCCCCUACUCAGUGGCAGCCCCCUGACCACACAGACCACCACCACCACAACACCAGCAACACCAGCAGCAGGAUGACGAGACCAUGGCAUCGAUCAGCCCAAGAAAGCGGCAGCGGUAACCGCUGCUGCUGCCGAUGGGUCGAUGAUGUGUGACGGUGAGACGUCGUCAGGACAGCCGGCUGCUUUCCCCUCCAUCUUGACGGCCAAUGGCGGCGGCGGCGGUGACGCAGACACGCAAAACGGGAUGGGGAGGGAGGACUGGAGGCAGCCUCGACAAGGAGGCAGGGAGGGAGCCGACGACGAGCCCACGAUGGCUGCCUGGAAGCGCUCGCUGCUCUUAAAGAGUAGUGGCGUGGAAGGGCAGCCAUAGAUCGGUGGGCGGGGCUGACUGUCCGUCAGCCCCAUCAGUGGCCAAGGCCCUCAAGGCCCCGCAUUUCCACGCGUGUCCACACGUCGGCUCCCCCCAGCCCGCCACGGAUAGUCAUCGCGCACACCACCACAUCACUGCA